AUAAGUACAAGCAGCAAGUAGCUUUUUGCUCUCGACAAAUGAGAAUAAAUGUGUGUCUUUCAUCUGUUUUAUUUCUUCAGUGAUUUCAUAAGUUUUAUUUCCAGUGUUUAUUUUCGGCGGGAGAAUUGCGAGUUGUCUGUAACGCAGCAAAACGCCUGGAAACAACUGAAAAAUGUGUGACACUGUUGUAAAGAUGUUUAUUAAAGAGGAGAGUGAAGAUAUGGCUUAUCCAGAAGCAUGCAGAAUUAAAACCGAACACACUGACGAACAAACAGACUUGAUGGAAAUGAAAGAGGAAAAUCAAGAACCGAUUGAAGUGAAAAUGGAAAGUCAAGAACUGAAUGAAGUGAAGGAGGAACAUCAGUAUCCUAAUUUCAUAACUGGAGAAAAAUCUUUCAGUUGUUCACAGACUGAGAAGAAUUCCUCACAAAACAAAAUUCAAGAACUGCUAGAAGUUAAAAGAGAAAGUCAAGAACUGAAUGAAGUGAAGGAGGAACAUCAGUAUCAGUAUUCUAAUUUCAUAACUGGAGAAAAAUCUUUCAGUUGUUCACAGACUGAGACAAAUUCCUCACAAAACAAAACUCAAGAACUGAAAGAAGUUAAAAGGGAGAAUCAAGAACUGAAUGAAGUAAAGGAGGAACAUCAGUAUCAGAAUCUUAAUUUCAUAACUGGAGAAAAAUCUUUCAGUUGUUCACAGACUGAGACAAAUUCCUCACAAAACAAAACUCAAGAACUGAAAGAAGUUAAAAGGGAAAAUCAAGAACUGAAUGAAGUGAAGGAGGAACAUCAGUAUCAGAAUCCUGAUCAUUUCAUAACUGGAGAAAAAUCUUUCGGUUGUUCACAGACUGAGAAGAAUUCCUCACAAAACAAAACUCAAGCCAAAAAUUCCUUCACAUGCUCUCAGUGUGGAAAGAGUUUCAAGCGUAAAGGAAACCUUUUAAUUCACAUACAUCUUCACAAUAGAGAGAGUUCUUUCACAUGCCAUCAGUGUGGAAAGAGUUUCACACAAAAAGUAAAUCUUCAGAGACACACAAUAAUUCACACUGGAGAGAAACCAUUCACGUGCCCUCAGUGUGGAAACAGUUUCACACAGAAAGAAAGUCUUCAGAGACACACGAGAAUUCACACUGGAGAGAAACCUUUCACAUGCCUUCAGUGUGGUAAUAGUUUCAUUUCUAAAGGACAUCUUAAUGAUCACAUGAGAAUUCACACUGGAGAGAAGCCUUUUACAUGCCAUCAGUGUGGUAAUAGUUUCUCGUAUAAAGGACACCUUAAUGUGCACAUGAGAAUUCACACUGGAGAGAAGCCUUACACAUGCCAUCAGUGUGGAAAGAGAUUCAUUAAUAAAGGAUACCUUGAUGUGCACAAGAGAACUCACACCGGAGAGAAACCUUUCACAUGUCCUCAGUGUGGAAGGUGUUUCACACGGAAAGCAACUCUUAAAAAGCACAUGAAUAUUCACACUGGAGAGAAACCUUUCACAUGCCAUCACUGUGGAAAGAGUUUCAGGUGGUCAAGAAGCCUUAAAAGACAUGGGAGUGUGCAUACUGGAGAGAAGCCAUAACUACCCUUCAUGUGGGAAAAGUAAUAGAAAAGGGCAUUGCCCAGAGUUGUUGUAGUGAGCAAACUGCAGGUAAUUGUGUCAUUAGUAUGAAAUUCAGAAAAAGUCAAAGAUAGAAUUUCCCCCAAAAGAGCAAUUAGAUCUAAAAUAGUCUUUAGCUACACUGUAUUACCUGUAGUGAUGAACCAGCUGUCAUUCUAUGUAAGGGGUAGUAGGAAGUAGCGCUAGACGAUAUGAUUUAUAUAUAUAU